GGUCUCCUCCCCACUAUUACUAUCAGUUCUAUCCCCUUCCUUUGAACUAGCCCCUUCUCUUUCCCACUCACUAUAUCUCGUCGUCUCUGGCCUGAAUGCACUCAUUUAUCAUCCCACUUUCUUUGAUUUUGGUCUCAUCUGCUUCUGUAACUGCUUUGACUUUUCCUUUCCAAGUCCGCACGGACAUUCCUUCGCAUUCUCUCAGCCGCAGAGUCUCCUCGAACAGCUCAACGCCUCUCACCAACUCUGGAAAUGCUCAAUACAUCGCCAACGUCACCCUUGGGGGCCAGGAAGUUCGGCUGAUAAUAGACACGGGCAGCUCCGACCUAUGGGUCAAUUUUCCAUCAACAGUCCCCACUACAACCGACACUGGCAAAUCGUUAUCGUUGUCCUACGCUAUCGGCUCCGCCGGAGGGGACAUACAUACUACAACAGCGCAGUUCGGUGGCUACACUGUCAAUAAUCAAGCGUUCCUACUUGUUACAGACGCUAGUUCAUUUGGCACUGACAUUCAUGACCAGGGAUAUGACGGUCUUAUAGGGCUUGGUCCCAAUGAGGGCUCGAAGAUCUAUGAUAAACUUAGCGGGGAUGCAGGCGAUACACUGCUGAAUAACAUCUUCUCGCAGUCUUCCAAUUCUUCUAAUAACUUCAUAUCGCUGCUUCUCAACCGACAUGGUGAUCCCGGACAGAACUACACUGGACAAAUGACUAUUGCUGAAUAUAUUUCGGGAUUCGAGAAUGUGACGAGCAUGCCCAAGAAUGACGUGGAGAGUGUACUCAAACUUUUGGGUUCAGAUCAGCACUGGCAAGCACUAACUGACAAGAAUAAUGGAAUUAUUGGCCCAGACGGACUAGUAAUUCAGUACGACUCUAUCGUUCCCAAGGCUCCUGAUGGCCAGCUGGUCGUUGUGUUCGAUUCAGGUUUCACGUUCAACCAAGUUCCUCGAGACAUUUCUGACGCCAUAUACGGGCGCGUCCAAGGUGCCAUAUACGACUCAACGAAUGAAUGGUGGACCAUCCCUUGUGGACAGAUGCUCAAUGUCUCUCUCAAUUUUGGUGGAGUGAAUUAUCCCGUACAUCCCCUUGAUACCGUGGACGACAAUUUUGGCAUCACCAGCUCCAAUGGUACGCAUAUGUGCAUUGGGUCAUUCCAACCGAUUACUACUGCUUUCAGUCUACUGGGAAAUUAUGACAUGAUCAUGGGCAUGAGUUUCCUGCGUAAUGUUUACGCUGUUUUGAACUAUGGCGACUGGGCAGACGACGACACCGACUCUGAUCCUUUCUUGCAACUCUUAUCCACUACGAAUGUGGAUGCAGCCCAUAACGACUUUGUUCAGGUCCGAAUGGGCGGCGUUGACACCACUGCUUCCUCUCAAUGGGCCCUCCUACCUGCUAGUGAAGAGGUUCAUUCUCCGGUUUCUGAGGAAGAAAAGAAGAAAGAAUACCAAGAAAUGAUACUCAGUCGAUGGCCGUACAUCUUCGUCGGAUGUCUUGUGUUCGUAUUGCUUGUGGCUGGCUUCGUUAUAUGGAGAUGUUGCUGCCGCAAGGGACGCAAAAACAGGGGAUGCUUUUGUUGCGGAAGAAAUACAGCCAAAGCGCCCGCUCAGGAGAAACACCUGGAUUCUGGCCGAAAAUCGGAUUCCUAUUUACCUCUUCAAGAAGGGACGCUCAAGGCUAAUGCUUCUCUGAUGUCUUUCAACAACUCAACAGCGUCCCUACAUCCUCAGCCGGCUUAUUCGGCUUAUGGUAUUGGACAAGGAAAAGAUCAUGGAUCCAGCGGGUUUGACUUUCCUGAACCGACGCUCGGUGGAGGGUAUCGCUAAUAAAGAUUUGAAGAGCCUACAUAAUGCAGAAUUUAUGCAAUGGCAGUAGUUUUACUUUCAGCGCACGCGAGCGUUCUGUGCAGGCUUGAACUGGAUUUCACCUACCUAUUUAUCCGCGAACUAUUUACUAUUUUUCUGUAUUACCUUCAUACGCUCGCAC